CACCCGUAGUCCGACAGGCCUGGUACAGUAUGUAAGGGAUGAUAAGCAUCAGGUUGGAAAUCAGGUUGUGCUAACAAAUAGAAAGAUCUUCAGAAGGAUUUACACAAUUCUCAGUAACAUACAACAUGAAAACUUUCAAACAUUGAUUUAUGCUGUGAACUUGAUUUCUUCCCUAAUUAAUGGAAAUGCGUAUGGUCAAACUUUAGCUCGAGAGACAGGUUGUCUGUCUUAUAUGAAUAAGAAAUUCCAUGAAGUGGCAACGGCAUUGUCAAACUGCUGCAAGGAACAAAAGGAACUUGACCUCUUCAAAAUGAUGUGGAAUGCUCUGUGCCUUUCACUUCGUAUGGUGAUGACUAAUCCUGUGAACUGUGAUAAUCAAAAUGAAAUGCGACAUUACAUUAAGCAGGUAACAGAUCUAAUGGAUAUAUUACUGGACAAAAUUACUACAAGCUAUCAUGCGAUAGAUUUCUUACAUGAGCUAGUACCACUCAUCAAGCUUAUGAUAGUUGGCAAUAGCCCCAAUCAGCUAAAAUUUUCAAUGUGUAAUGGAUUACAGAUUGUUUUGAGUGGCCUAAUGAAGCUGCAGAGACUAAGUAGUAUCUCGACCAGUACCCAGGAGCUAAUGGUCAAGAUGAUAGAGCUGCUUUGCGCUUCAGUUUAUGACAAUGAAUUUAAUUCACAUAAAGCUGGAUCAAUUGGAGCAAUACCAAUACUAAUGUCAUUGCUCCAUAAACUUGAGGACAAGGCAGCACCACUGACUGCUCUUAUACAACUUCUCUAUAAUUCAGAGAUGAACAGGAGAAGAUUUGUAAAGGAAGAUGGAGCAAAUAUUAUAUCAAAAUUGUCGGAAAACUGGGAGAAUUGCCCUGAGUUAUUAUGUACCAUCUCAUGCCUAUUAAAAUAUUGUAGCCACAAUAAUUUCUCUGAAGUAAGGAAACCAAGUCCUCAAAAUUACCCAGAAGAAAUGCUUGUGGGAAAUAGGACUGUCCAAUGUAGAACAUCUCAUCAUGGUACAGGUCACUUAUUGCAUGAGGAAGAAAGCAUGAUGCAGAAUAAUGUACAAGGUCACUGUAGCUCUGAUAAAUUAGAAGGCAUUCAUGAUAAUAAGAUAUCUAAAAAACCUACUAGCACUCUAUUAAAUGUCAGUGACUGUAAGAGUCCUGUGAACAGUAAUCACACCCUAUUUAGAAGACUGCUUCCACCUUUUAAACCUGGACUUACAUUUUACUUAUUUACAGUUAUGAAAAGUACUGAAAGAACUGUUGAUGAGGGUACUACUGACAUGCAGCGCAAAGGGAGUAUUUUAAAAAAUAGACUGAAAGAAAUUACAAAGAAAAGGAAAAUUUAUGAUGGUGAUAAAUCAAAUGGAGAUUCACACAGUUCUGCUUCAACACAGAAUGGGACAAGCACACUAAAUGGAAUGUCAACAACAAAACGAAGAAAAUGGUUAGAGACUAUUUCAAACUCUUGUCUACAAAUGCCAGCAGGGCACCAUUCAAAAAGUAUAAGAGAAAGCUGGUUGCAGAAAAUUGGCAGUUCAGCAAGCUGCAUGCAAAUGGAAUCAGCAAAAUAUGAAAGUAAAUGGUACAGAAAGCUACUUGAAACAGCUUGUGUGAAGGAAAAUGUGGAACAUAAAGUACCUCCAGCAAGCAGAUGGCCAUACUUAUUAGUAAAGGAUUUACCAAAGGAUAUUCAAUAUUUAGUGGCUGGUGUAAACAAAUUUGGCAUGGAUUUCAAGAAAAUCAGAGAAACGUAUAACUUUGAAAACAGCUUGACAGCCAAAGAUCUGUAUGAACUGUGGAAAACCAUCUUCAUUCAAAAAGGGGAAACUGAGCCCACUGAAAAUGAAGUCCACAUGAAGUAUAUGGAGACUGAAUUGUAGAACUAUAGUGCACUUUAGCCACGUCUUGGAACAUUCUUCAGUGAUGAAGAUCACACCUCAAGCAGAGCAGAAAAUCAGCUUUGUAGAAUAAGGAAAAAAUGCCCCUCACAAUGACAGUGAAUAAUGCUAUUAUUAUCAUUAAAAAUGAAACAAACAAUGGAAGACACUUGCCAGGUACAGUUUAGACUGAGGCAGUGACAAGAAGAAAUAUAAAGUGACCGACAAAUGUAUAGGUGCAUACUCGUCACAGUAUAAGAAACAUCACUGUCAUAAUUUUGCUAUUUGUCUAUGUUAUCAAAUUGAUUGCCAUUCUAUUUUGAAAUCCACAAAAAACAUCGCUGUCAUAAUUCUCCUAUUUGUGUAUGUUAUGUUAUAAAGUACACAAACGAUUGAUCCAUAGAUGUAUGAG